GACACUGGAUCUCAAUAAAGCAACGCAAUGAGUAUGGACAAAACACUCAAUAUAUUAAAUGACUACUCUUGCCAUGGACCUCCACCUAUUGGGGAAAACAAGAGGUGUCGAGACCGUGGACCUGGUCCCGGAUUUGAGUGGGCCAGAAGUGACCCUGCUUGGGACCGAUUCCCUAAAAAAGUAGGAGCAAGAGGUCCAUAUCGUGGGUAUAAAUUUGAACGUAGUGACGGUGGAAACGGUGGCAACGGCGGUCCCGGAGGAGAAGGAGCAGCUGGAGGAAAUGGAGGCGCAGGAGGUACUGGAGGUCCGGGCGGAAAAGGUGGCAAUGGUGGAGCCGGGGGCGAUGGCGGUUCGGGGUAAAAUAAAUAAGUCCGGUACCACAAUUACCAAUUAAAUUCAUUAAAGAGAAAUAGUCUUUUAAAUGUCAUUUGAAUAUCCUUGCCAAGGAUGGGUCAGUAAUAAACUUUAAAGACCAAAAGUAAA